ACGCUGCUGCACCUGGCGGCGGGAGGAUGUGGCGGCACAGCUGGAGCCAUCCUGACCUGCCCCCUAGAAGUAGUGAAGACGCGUCUACAGUCUUCCUCAUUGGCCCUGCGACCUUUGUAUUAUUCUGAGGUACAGCUGCAGGGCGUGAAUGCAGGAUUAAUGCGACCAGCACCUCCUUCCAUAGGAGUCCUCAGGCUGCUAAGGACCAUCCUGGAGAAGGAAGGGAUAGGCUCCCUCUUCCGAGGUCUGGGUCCAACCCUAGUUGGGGUUGCCCCAUCCAGGGCUGUAUAUUUUGCUGCUUAUUCUGGCGCUAAGGAGAAACUCAAUGUUAUAUUUGAACCUGAGUCCAAGAAGGUGCACAUGCUCUCAGCGGCCUGCGCAGGAGUUGCUUCUGCAACACUGACCAACCCCAUCUGGCUGGUGAAGACCAGGAUGCAGUUGGAAGCCAGGCUAAAGGAAGACGCACGCUGUAAUGCCCUCCAAUGUGCCAUGCGCGUGUACCGCACUGAGGGCCUGCGGGGAUUUUACCGUGGAAUAAGUGCCUCCUAUGCUGGUGUUUCUGAGACCAUGAUCCAUUUUGUUAUCUACGAGGCACUAAAACAGCGGCUGAGAGAGCAACAGCCACUGCUCUCCCCAGCCCUGGGUCUUCCUACCGACACCCUUGACUUCUUUGGACUGAUGGGAGCUGCUGCUGUUUCAAAGACAUGUGCUUCAUGUAUCGCAUAUCCACACGAGGUUAUCCGGACACGGCUAAGGGAAGAAGGGUCCAGGUAUUGCUCCUUUGUGCAGACCCUGCGUCUGGUAGUACAGGAAGAGGGACUGUUGGCUCUUUACCGAGGACUCCUGGCUCAAAUGAUCCGCCAGAUCCCCAACACGGCGAUCACAAUGGCUACUUAUGAACUGAUCAUCCACUUGGCCACUAAAUUGUAACCAUGCAUGCCCACAUGAGCCCCUUUGAGAAGCUGCUGGAUGUAGGCUGAGGAUGCAAGGCCUUGGAAAUUAACGUGUUCUAUUCGGUGGCACUGUACAUUGCAUACCAGGGGACCUGGGCGAUGCUCAGUGCAUUUGCUGCAACAUCUGUUUUCUGCUGCCAGGAUAUAGCGUUCCCAGGUCAUGGUA